UUUUUAUGAUAAGAAUAUUAAAAAUUAAAAGAUGUUUAUAUACUCGUUUUACUCUAAACAACUCAUGUAUUCUUAAAGCAGUGACGAAUGACUCCUCAUUCUUAUGGUCUGUAAACUCGAGGAAUCAAUGGGACUGGAGUUCUUUUAGGAUAUAUACCAAACUCUACAAUUUCAUAUCUGAAAAGUCUUCUUCUAUAGUGUACUAUUUGGCCAGCAGUUAAAAUAAUUAGCAGAUGGGAUGAAGAUGUUAGAUAUUAUUCAAUUUCAGACUUUUAAGCCAUCAAUAGUCAGCCUCUUGGUCCGGAAUUACGAAUUUUAUACAAAGUGGGGGUUUUAAUAGUUCCAAAUUUCCCAAUUCUCUACUCCCAGAUGGUAUGUUAAGCCCCGGUCAGUCUCCACUUCACCUUAAAAAUCAGCUUAAAUUCUUAUAAUUUGUUCCUAAAAGUUUCUAAAAUUAGGCUAAUUUGGGGAAAAUGUGAACUGAUUGGGGAUUAUUGAGGACUAGCGGCAGGAUUUAUAGUUAAGAGUUUGGGUAUGGGUAACAAUGUAAAGUCCUGAAAUAUUUGAAUCUAAAACCCAACUUCAUAAUAGACUAUUUUUCACACUUCGCUUAUCACCAAAACUGAGGUUGUUAACUUCGUUGUUGAGAGAUAUGUUGAUUUUUUCUUACAGCUUUUGGAACUCCCUCAUGGUCCAAAGAGUGCUUUCCGUCGUAACUAAUGACUCAGUUACUUCAAUGGCUGAUUCUCUGAAUCCUAGCUU